AUGUGUGCCGAUGUGGAGGAGUGCGGUGGAGGCGCCGCCGGCAGCAAAGAGAUGGAGGAGAUCGUCGUCGGGCCUGUGUCGGACCUGGAUUUCGACUUCACGGUCGACGACAUAGACUUCGGGGACUUCUUCCUCAGGCUAGAAGACGACGACGGAGACGCGCUGCCGGACCUCGAGGUCGACCCUGCCGAAAUCUUCAUCACUGACUUUGAGGCAAUCGCCACCGCCGGCGAUGGCGUCAUGGACCAGGAGGUGCCCAGUGUCCUGCCCUUAGCAGACGCGGUGCACAUAGGCGCCGUGGAUCCGUGCUGUCCCGGUGUCGUCCUUGGCGAGGACAACGUCACAACGUGCGAAGAUGUGGUGGAAGAAGGGAAGGGAGAGUGCAACCAUGCCGAGGGCGAGGAGGUAGUCGUCAGUAAUGGUGACUCUGGUGAGGGCGGCUGUGAAACCGUUCUGGGCGAAAAGUCACCGUCUUCGACGACAUCGUCGUCGCAGGAGGCUGAGAGCCGUCACAAGUCGUCCAACAAGCACUCCCACGGGAAGAAGAAAGCAAAGGUGGAUUGGACGCCGGAGCUUCACCGGAAAUUCGUUCAAGCGGUAGAGCAGCUGGGCAUUGACAAGGCAGUGCCGUCCAGGAUACUCGAGAUCAUGGGGAUCGACUCCCUCACGCGCCAUAACAUUGCCAGUCAUUUGCAGAAGUACCGUUCCCACAGGAAGCACAUGCUUGAAAGGGAGGUGGAGGCAGCGACCUGGACGCAGCGGCGACAGAUGUACGCUGCCGGAGGAGCCCCCAAUGGCGUGAAGAGGCCCGAUUCUAACGCGUGGACCGUGCCGACCAUCGGCUUCCCUCCGCCACCGCCGCCGCCGCCCCCUCCUCCUCAUCCGAUGCAACACUUCGGAAGGCCGCUGCAUGUCUGGGGCCAUCCAACGCCAACGGUGGAGUCACCCCGGGUGCCAAUGUGGCCUCGGCAUCUCGUGCCCCGCACCCCGCCGCCGCCGUGGGCUCCUCCGCCGCCGCCAUCUGACCCGGCGUUCUGGCACCAUGCUUACAUGAGGGGGCCUGCACACAUGCCGGGCCAGGUGACUCCCUGCGUGGCAGUGCCAAUGCCAGCAGCGCGUUUCCCUGCUCCACCCGUGAGGGGUGCUUUGCCAUGUCCACCUCCAAUGUACAGACCUCUCGUUCCUCCAACACUCGAUACGCAGCUUCAGCUACAGACACAGCCAUCAAGUGAGAGCAUAGAUGCAGCAAUAGGUGAUGUUUUAACGAAACCGUGGCUGCCACUGCCCCUGGGACUGAAGCCCCCUUCGGUAGACAGUGUCAUGGGCGAGUUGCAGAGGCAAGGUGUAGCAAAUGUGCCGCCAGCUUGUGGAUGA